AUGCCAUACCGGCUUUCGCGUUCGACGCGAUUAAGUGCGGUCAUUGCAAUAUCAACAUGCUUCUUUCUGGGGGAAAUAUCAUUGGGGUUCUACACACAUUCGCUUGCGUUGAUUGCGGAUGCAUUCCAUUAUCUGAGUGAUUUGCUGAGUUUUGUGGUGGCUUUGGUGGCAUUGAAGGUUUCCGAAAAUAGCGAUUCGCCAAAAGACCUCUCCUUUGGCUGGCAACGAGCUCAAUUGCUAGGGGCUUUUUUCAACGGAGUUCUUCUAUUCGGAUUGGGGAUCAGCAUCCUAUUGCAAUCCAUUGAGCGAUUCAUUGAGUUACAUCGUGUCGAGAAUCCAAAACUUGUUUUCAUUGUUGGGUGCAUUGGACUAGGAUUGAACAUAAUCAGCGCAUUAUUCCUCCAUGAACAUGCGCAUGACCAUGGUCCACCACCAUCUCUCGAAGCGGGUCCAUCGCCCAUCAGCGAAGACGGUUGUGAAUCGAUUACAAAGCACCACAACCACAAGCAUUCGCAUCUCGAGAAGGACCAGGGAGCAGAUUCGGGCCAUUGCCAUGAACACACCCAUGGGCAGAGUCAUGGUCAUAGCCACGGCCACGGCCAUGGACACGACCAUGGCGACUUGGGAAUGAUGGGGGUGCUACUGCAUGUCCUGUGCGAUGCGGCCAAUAACCUUGGUGUCAUUGCUUCCGCACUAGUGAUCUGGUUGGCCAAAUAUGACGGCCGAUACUACGCAGACCCGGGAGUCAGCAUAGGAAUUGCCUUGAUGAUAAUGAUAUCCUCUAUCCCUCUUAUCCGACGAAGCGGUCAUAUCUUGCUGGAAAGCGCCCCAAUAGGGCUUGACCUAAGCGACGUACAACAUGACCUAGAAAAGGUCCCUGGCGUCCACUCCAUUCACGAAUUGCACAUCUGGCGGCUUAACCAGCAGAAGACCCUCGCAUCAGUGCACGUUGUUGUUUCCGAUCCCUCUGUGAGCGGAUUUUUGAAGACUGCUAAGACGAUUAACGAAUGCUUUCACGCUUAUGGAAUACACUCUGCGACCCUACAGCCGGAAGUUUUAGCCGAAGGGGACGCUGUGUCGCCUGUCGAUAGUGAGAAGAACCCCCGAUGCCAAGUGGUUUGUAGCACUCUCUGUGAGGCCCUAACCUGCUGCGGGUAA